AAGACUUUGGCUAUGAACUGUGUUGUGUUUCUCUGAAGAAAAUGAAGAUUGUUUAAGGUUUUAAUUCAAAGGCUUUGUUAUUUCAUUUAAUAUUCGCUGCUGCUAACAUGAGAAUAGAAGUCCUAUGAACAACACAAUGUAACUAGAAAUAAACUUCUAAUAUAAUUAAUAUAAAAAGUCUGUACUAUGUCUCAAACGUUUGUGUAUGUUUGUUAAAAAAAAAAUGUUUUGAGUUUUUACAAAUACAGAUCAGAUUUUUGUUGAACAUUAUUAAAGUAGUUGUUUGAUUUGGAGGAUAAAUGUACCAUGCAGGUUUUCUACUUGUUUCUCUAUUAUUUGCAGUCUAUUGUUAGAGUGAUGUAAGAGCAUUGUGUGUGUGUGUGUGUGUGUGUGUGAGCGUGAGCGGUUCAUUGUGCUGUGUUACUCCAACAUUCUCUGUCUGAAAACAUGAAUACAUUUCAUUCUGUUUUCAUUUCAGCUGUAAAUGUAAUUUAAAAAAAAAAUAGAAACAACAGAGAUGAUAUGAGGAUGAUUUUUGUUUAUUUUUUUCUCCCAGAAUGUGCAGAAUAAUGCUGUGACAUGAUAGAUAAUCAACCUAACAGAACUUUUAUUGUUAUAAACAAGCACAUUUAUAAAAUGAUAUUUGUGAAGGAGUCAGAUUAAUUUAUGGGGCAAAUUGUGUUUGUAAUAAAGUGCAAAUGUAGAAAUGAUUAAUGAAGGUUAUUGUUGUUCAUUAUAAAUGUCUGAACUCAAAAAGUGUGAUUUUAUAAAUCUGAUGAAUGAUAUGAAGUGUUUAUGUUCGCUGGUGGGAGUCAUGUGUGUCUUUGUUUUCUGUGUUUGUGUCAGAUGGCCUCAAGUGAAGCUGAUCAUUCUCAAUCUAAUGAGGAACCUCAGCCUGGUGACCUCAUCGAGAUCUUCAGACCAGCCUAUCAGCAUUGGGCUCUUUACCUGGGUGACGGUUACAUCAUCAACCUCACACCUGUGGACGAGAGUCAAGCCGCGGCGGUGUCCAGCGUUAAAUCCGUGUUCAGUCGUAAGGCGGUGGUCCGCAUGCAGCUCUUAAAGGAGGUGGUGGGGGGAGAUUCUUACAGGAUCAAUAAUAAAUAUGACGACAAUCACACGCCGCUGCCCGUCAGUGAGAUCAUCAAUCGAGCUCAGCUUCUCAUUGGUCAGGAGGUGUCAUAUGACCUGCUGGGCAGCAACUGUGAACACUUUGUCACUCUGCUUCGUUACGGAGAGGCCGUGUCUGAACAGGCGUCACGAGCUAUAGGAGCCAUGAGUUUAGUGACAGUGGCCGCGAGUGCUUUCUCAGUGCUGGGACUCAUCAACACACGCAACAGAAACAGACCCUUCUGACAACACAUCUUCUGUCAUCUCUUCACACGGACAAUAAUCACACUUUCCCCUUUAUAUACACACAUAUCUCACAGUGUGUUUCUUGUGUGAGACUAUAAUAAAGUGUUCAUUUAAAAGAAUAAACGGGAACACUUUACAAAAAGGUGCGUUUAGUUAACAUUAAAAAAUGCAUUAGCUAACAAUGAAGAAUUCGUUUUUUCAGCAAUUAUUAAUCCUUGUUAAUAGUUCUGUCAAUACAGUUAUUCAUGUUAGUUGAAGGGAUAAUGUCCAGGCAGCCGGUUGUAAUGGCAGAGAUAAUCCCCGACAGUGUGUGAAGCAAAGAGUCUUGUGUCACACUGAAGGGGCUUAUUUAAGCCAUAACACCCGGAUGCUUGUACAUUAUCCCGCUUAUUACACGGCUACAUGCCAAAUGAGAAAAAAACUGGACAUGAAAUGUGAAAUAUUUGAUAAGCUCAUUUUUACUGAAUGCCGAGCCAUUUACUUUCGGUUUUAAGGUAAGAAGCGACGUUCAAACAUCUAUAACUAUACAAAUAUACAACAAAUAUAACUUCAUAUGCUAUAAAAAAAAACAUAUUUAUAUUUUAUUUGUGAAAGAAACAAAAUGAUUUGCUGCACCUGGGUUACCGUGUGUUAUUAGUUUUGAGAGGAAUAUCGAACCGAACCUGCAAUUGUCACGACUGGAAAAUUCAGAAUCAAGCAUUCCAACGAGACGUGUAAUAAAGUAUGUUAACAGUGACAGAAUUUAAUCUUAAUAAUAUAGUAUAAAUAUAGUAUAGUAUAAUAAUAAAUAUAGUAUAAUAAUAUAGUAUAAAAUUUACAUUAAUUAAUAUUAAUAGACGCUUUAGAAGAAUUGUUCAUUGUCAGUUUAUGUUUAUUGUCAGCUGAUGCAUAAACUAAUAGUUAACAAACAGCACCUUACUGUAAAGUGUUACCCAAUAAACUUUGGCAGAUCCUGCUUACAAAUAAUACAAAUGUGUCUAUUGUACUGUACAUUAAAAGGUAAUUGGCUA